AGCUCACGCUUCCCAAUGUUUAUGUUAGAGCGGAGAUGACCUGGUAGUUGGAGGCUCUCUUUGCAGCAAUUGCUUUUCGCACCUCUUCCACACCAGCUUGACUCUUACGCAAACUGAGCUUUCUGCUACUACAGUAUUGAAGUAACAAACUCAACUGCCGUUUUUGUAAUUAGACGCGGCGGCAGUCCGACCAUGCAGUGGGCGCCGCGCUGUAGGGGUUAGUCUAGGGCCGAAUGUCUGGGCAGCGGGAGAGAAGGCGAACGGAUCAGGCGGAUGAUCGCGCAGGACGCGCUUUUCAGCGGGACUAUGCGCAGCGGGGUCGUGACUUCUCGGGCCAUCGCCCCAGGCCCAUGAUGUCAGAUUGGCAACAACAAGCAGCCGGCCACCCGCCCAUGGGCCUGCCCCCGCCUCACUUCGCACCGCACGGACCCCCGCCUCCCCACUUGCCGCACCCAGGGUGGCAUGCGGGGCCCGGCGGGAUGACUGAGCCGCCAGGCCAGCACCGCCGCAGCGGCGACGGCAGCGGGCUCCACCCUCCUCCGCACCCGCUGCCUCCCGCGCAUCCCGGUUACCCGCCACACCCGCAGUACCCUGCAGCCUACCCGCUGCCUGCUUACCAGUCGCCGCAUGCUCCCCUGGCUGGCCCCCCCGCCCACGGCUACCCGCCGCUUCCAAUGGCAGCGUCUCCGGGCUACGAGGUCAGGCCUCCUGGCGUAGACGCUGCUGCGCCGCCGCCGCCGUCGUACUAUCAUGCAUCUUACGCUGGCGCGCAGCCGUACGCAUUGCCGUACGCGGUAUCCCCGCCGGCGCCAGCGGUACCUCCGGGAGGUCCAUCGGCACCGCCGCCGCCGCCGAUGGCGCUGCCGCCGCUGCCAAUGCCACUGCCUCAAGAGCCGUCUACGCUGCCGCCGCCCGACGCGUCAGCAGCCGUACAGUCUGAGGCGCCGCCGCCGCUGCCGCCGGAGCCUCCGCCGCCGAGUACCUCUCAGGAGGCCCCUGCAGCGUCAGCAUCCUCGCUACCCAGCGGCCAGCCCUCCACUGCGUCCGUUGGCGCCGCCGCUGACGGGGUGUUUGCGACGGCCGCAGCGGAGGCCAGCGGAGCCGUGGCGGCGGCGACAGCGCCUCCGCCGCAGCGGAAGCCGCCGCCCACGGUGAUCGGCGCAAACAAAUCGCUGGUUAAGGGUGUUCUGAAGGGACGUACGACAAAGGCAGUCAAAUCUGGGGACGCCGCCAAGUCGGAUGCCUCCCUUGCGCAGCUUCUGGAUUCUUUUGGGGAGCAAGCGCAGGCGCUCGUCCUUCCGCCGGCGAUCUCCAUUGUUGCGCCGUCAGCGCUUCCGUCGCCUGCAGUCGCAGCCGCGGCAGCCUCUGUCGCAGCAGCAGCAGCAGCAGCAGCCAGGGAGCAUACGUUGCAUGACACAGGGGAGCACCUUCAGGCGCCGGACAUUUCCGCUGCCAUUGCAGCAGCCGCUGCCACUGCUGCAGCUGCUGCUGCCGCCGCCGCCACAGCUGCAACCAGCAGCAAACGGACAUCAGCAGAUGGCGCAGCUGCUGCAUCUUUGGAGCACCCCGGCUCGGCGGCUCAGCGCCAUCCUCCUCCUAGGCGGCCCCCUUCUAGCCAGCCCCUCCCUAGCCAACCUCCCCCUAGCCAGCCAGCCCCUAGCGAGCCUCCCCCACAGAGCCUGCAGGCUCCCAUGGCUGCGACUGGGCCUUCCGUGCAAGCGGCUUUGCCCGAACCCAGCCCCUUUGCAGCUGGCUUCGCGGACAUGGCUGCCGUUGCGGCAGUGGCGGCGGCAGCAGCCAUGCGCAAGAGCCAGGGUGGUGCUGCUGCUGCUAAUGUUGCUGCUGCCGUUCCCGGGGAACCAGCUCAUGGCGCUUCAGAGAAGGCCCCCGCUGCUGCUGAUGAUGCCCAUGCCGGUAGCGGCAGUGUAGCGGAGAACGCAGCAGCCGCAACAACAGCGGCGGCGGCGGCGACGGUAGAUUCCCUUACCGAAACAGCAGCCCAGCCACCGCGCAAGCGGAAGCGCUGGGGCCCGGAGACCGUUCCAUCCGUUGACACCGCCGCCGCUUCUGCGCAGGCGUCCGCUGCCUCCAGCCUCGCGGGCUCCCCGGUUGCAGCCCCUGUGGCUUCGCUGGCAUUGGGAUUCCAACCUAGCGUCGGCGACGCAGGGGCCGCACCGCCGCUGACCUCCCCCAGGUCAGCCGGCGGUGCCUCACGUUGGCAUGCCGCUGCCCCCGACGGCGCGGUUGCUGCUGCGGCUGCAGGCGAGUCAGCGUCACACAGGCAUGACACGGUGCCUGACGGCGCGGUUGCUGCGGAUGUGGGCGACCCUGCCAUGGCUGCAUACGUAGCCGAACAGGCGGUGCUGCAGGCCCAACGCCUGGCAGCACGCUCCUCGUCCGCCGGGAAUCAGCCGCCUCCGCCCCAGCAGGCUGCCGCUUUGAAAGCCGCUUCGGGCGGCUUGCCGACAGGAGCAGCAGGGGCAGCGGCGGCGGCACCGGGGGCGGCGGCACCGGCGGCGGCGGCGUCUGCGCCGUUGCCCCUGCUCGAUGCGGCUGCUCCUGCAGUAGUAGCGGCGGGGCCCCAGGUACCCGAGGCAGCAGCGUCGUCACUUCCAGGCCUAACUGCCUCUGGUGCAGCUGUACCCAAGGCUGCAGCGGCACCCCGGGCUGACGGCGGCGGUCACCCGCAGUCGCCUCAACCCCAGCUGCAACCUGAGGCGCGUGCCGAGCAGAAGCAUGCGCCCGCGUCGCGCCAGCAGCAGCAGGAGCAGCAGCAGCAGCAGGAGCGUCGCAGCUCGCGUCGGCGGGAAAGCAGCAGCAGCGAGGAAACAAGGACGAACAGCAGGAGCCGCGACAGCAGCAGGAGCAGCAGCAGCACCAGUAGCAGCAGCUCCUCGGGUCAGAGCUCUGGUAGCGGGCGGUACCGGAGCAGGAGCCGCUCGCCAUCAAGACGUCGCGACAGACACCAGGAGGCCUCCAGUCGCGGCCGCGAACGUGACCGGGAGCGGGAGCGGGAGCUUGAAAGGGCACGGGAGCAGGAGCGGGUGCGGGAUCACGACAAGGGCCGAAGGGGCCUUCCUGCAGCUCAACAGCCCCCAGCAGCAGCAGCUGCAGUCCCUCCUGCGCCGCAGCCACAGCAGCACCGUACGGCCGACGCCGUACGCGCGACGCCACACACCUCCCCGCCUCCGCCCUCUGACCGGGACCGGGAACGCGAGAGGGACAGGGACAGAGGCAAGGACCGGGACAAGGAUAAGGACCGAAGGCGAGAUCAUGACCGGGACAGAGAUCGUGAGCGGGACCGGGAACGGGACAGAGAUAGAGACAAGGAGCGCGACAAGGAGCGUGAACGGGAGCGGGACAGAGGCGCGGCGGCGGCAAAACCGGGUCGGGAGCAAGGGCGGGAUGCAAGGCGGGAACAGGGGCGAGAUCGGGACCGGGAACGAGUCCGGGGGGAGCGAGAGCGGGAGCGUGAUCGGGAGUGGGAGCGAGGGUCCCGUGGGCCGACAGCUGCCUCGCAGCCGCCACAGCGACGCACCAGCGGCCGCGGUAGCAGCCGCUCUCCACCGCCUGCAGCACGGCGCGGAGGCGGAGCCGGCAGCAGCCGCUCUCCACCGCCCGAGCAUGACGGCCGCAGAAUGCGCAGCCUGUCCCCUGUGACGCGCUACCGCGGCGGGCCCGUAUCCGCUCCUGGGCAUGCACCGGCAUAUGUUCCGCCAACGUUCGAGCAGCGGGAGCAGGAGCGCCUGGCGCGUGGGCUGCGUCGGGGUGGUGCGGAGUACGAUGGCAGCGGCGUUCGAGACGGACGGGAUCCGUACCAGCAGCAGCAGCAGCAACAGUACAGGCCUCGUGACCGCGCCGAUUGGGCGGCUGACCGCGGCGGCGGAGGCGACCGGGGCCAUGAGCGUUACGGCGGGCAUACCGGCGGGCCGACACGGGACGGACCGCGUGAUCGAGAAUGGGGCGACCGCGACUGGCCAGCUGACAGGGGCGCAGGCCGCGGGGGUGCCUGGGGAGGGCCUGACCGGGAGCGGGAUCGCGAGCGUGGGGACUGGGAGCGGGGCUAUGAGCGGGAGCGGGAGAGGGAGCCGCACUGGCGGCGGCCGGCCGGCGGGAGAUCCAGGGAGGCCUCUCCAGAGCCGCCGCCGCACGGACGCUACCCUGGCUCACCGGUGCAUGGCCGAGGACCCGGCGGCCGGGGUGGGGUGCGUGGCGAGCCGCCGCUGCCCCGGGGAGAGGGGCCGCAUGAGGGGGGCCAGGGCCCCGCAUCGCCCACCGACAUGCCGCAUCAUCUACCGCCGCACUUGCUGCCACAUGGCAUGCAUGGCGGAGGCGCCCGAGUGCACUCCUCACCUGCACUGUCUCCUGGGAUUGCGGCAGCAGCAGAGCUGCAGCAGCACCCGGGUCCCAGCCGACGUCGUACGCCGCCACCGCCGCUUCCUCAGCACCUGCCGCCACCGCUGCCGCCACAAGCGACCCGUGGGUCAGCCCGGCGGCUCGGCGGCCGCGGCAGCCCGGGUAGCGAUGAAGGCGCGAUUGAAGAGCCCGAGGACAUGGAGGUGGAGGAGAUGGAGGUAGACGAGGGGUUGAUAGAGGAGCCGCCCCCUCCGCAGCACCCCUACUCCCAGGGCUUCCGGCAACACCCACCCACGGCGGCCCCGCACCCAGGCGACAUGCCGCCCUUGCCGCCCGGACCUCCACCGCAGUCGCCGCCGCUUCCUGACUACGCACGGGAUCGUCAGCAUUACCCGUACCAUGACGAGCGCGUCGCGGCUGCGCCGCCGCUGCCACUGCAUCCGCACCACGAUACCUCCUCUCCGCCGCCACCGCCGCCUCCGCCAGCGGAAGCCGCGGUAGUGCUACCUCCCCUGCCCCCGCCCUGGGCGCCUGUGGUGUGGACCGAAGAGCAGGAGCAACAGCUGCGAUCCGCGGUGACGGAGGACGUCCGGCGGUUAGGGGUGUUGUACGGCAGCCCGGCUAAAGCACCCGUUUGGCUGGAGAACGGCCGCGGAGGCGGUGACGUCAAGGCUCUGAUUUCCCGCAACCCGCUGAGCUGCAUCCUGGACCAGCUGCAUGAGGAGUUUACGGCAGAGUUUGGACCGGGGGAUCUGGACGUGGAGGAUGAGGAUGACGUGGUUCCAACGCCCAUGCCGCUACCGGCGCCGUACGGAACGGCGGCUGGCGGCGCGGAGGAUGAGGCGGAGGGAACGCCUGCGCCUGAGAACUUGGAACCGCUCCCCUUGACCGACGAAUGCCGCAUCGUACCCUGGACACCAGACCCCUACCGUCCGGCCGUCGACCUGCGUCCCAAGCCGGCCGACCCAUCCGCCGCCUCUCCUCGCACCCUCGCGCUGGGCCACCACCUGCACCCCCACCAGCAACCCGUGCUGCUGCAGCUCGUAGAGUUCCCACCCGACGAGCGCGCAUGGCAGCCAUGGCACGUCAUCCGGGCGGCCGCCGCGCCAGCGGCGGCGGCAGCCGCUGGCGGCGGCGAAGCCGCCGCCGCCGCCGCUUUCACCUCUGGUGACGGCGGCAGCGGCGGCGGUCACCCCACGUACGGCCUGGAGUAUUCAUUUACGCCUGCUGACCGGACGGCGGCGGCGGCGUCCGCCGCCGCCGCUAGCGGCGGUGGCGGCAGCGGUGGUUUGCAGCACCCUGAGGAUGGCGUGUGGCGCUACCCGCAGCACCUGAUCAACGGCGCGGACAACUCGCUGCUGUGCAGCGACAACAAGGCGAUGACGCUGGCGGAGCUGCGGGAGUUGGUGCGCGGCGGCGGCGGCGGUGGCGGCAGCAAGAGCGGCCGGAUGCUGAUGUUGGGCAGCAGCGUGCAGCGACUGGCGGACCGUCUGUGGCUGCCGCUUGCGGAGGAACCCAUUACGGCGGAGCAACUGCGAUGGCGUGGGGAUAUCGCGGGGAAGCACCCGCAGCCUCAAGCACCCCAGCAGUCGGCAGCUACUACCCCGGCUCCCCCUGCCGGCCGAGCCCGCUCCAUCACACCACCGCUGCCGCUGACGCAGCAACGGCAUGGCAAAGCAGUAGCGCUGGCGGCAGCAGUCCUGCCCGCCUCCCGACAACCCUCCCAGCAGCGACCCCAGAGCUCGCUGUUGCAGCAGGUCUUUGGCGCAGCCGGGAAGCCCUCCGUCAAGGCUCCGCCGGCUUUACCAACAUCAACAUCAUCAUCACCGGAGGCUGUCCUUACAGCCAUGUACGAUAAACGACGGCCGGCCAUGCGCCACCCCCCAAGCGGCUCGUCAUCCGCAGUCCCAGCUGGAGGGGACCCUGCGGCCAUGGCAGCGUUGCGGGCCGCUCUAGGCCCCAAGGCGCAACCGCUGCCGCGUGCUGCGUUGGCGUCGUCGUCGGCGCCGCAGCGGCUUGCAUCCCUGCCGCCAGCUGGGGCGGGGGCGGCGGCGGCGUCAACGGGUGCUGGGGAGGCGCGGUUGCGUGAGCUGCAGGAGUGGCUGGAAGGUCAGGCGGCGGCUGCGAAGUCCGCUGGUGGCAUUAGGUCCUUGGGCGAUGCCGCUGGCGAUGCCGACGACGGUGCUGCCGUACGGAUUCCACCUCCGCCGCCUCACAUGCUUGCCGAGCUGCGCUACCUGGUGUUUGAGCACGUGCACAAGCACCUCAUACCCCGCGUGCUGAGGCCGCUGCUGCAGGAGGUACUCGAUGAGCGAGACAGGCCGCGGACAGCGGCAGGCCUCAUCAGGCAUCCGGGAGGCACUUCGGCUACAGUAGCAGCAGGAGCAGCAACUGAUGCAGCUACGGGCCGCAAGCGUCCUCGAGAAGGCCCCACCGCCGCAUCCGAGCCUCAUCCCAUCCGCGGUGGAGCGGGCAGCCGAGCUCUCACGCCGCAUGCCACCCCGGAGGGUGCAGGGAUCGUGUCGCCCAAAGGCCCCAGCCUGUCCCUUGGCACCUCUGCGGCGGCAUUAGCGGCAGCGGCAGGCGGUAGGCCCGUCACUCCCAACCCUGUCACCAGGACGCCGCUACCUCCAGCCGCUACGGCUGCUGCUACAGCCAUUUCUCCUCCUCCCGCUGCUGCUGGCACUGCUGCUGCUGCUGGUGCGGCUGCUCCUGCCAAUGAGGGGGCAGUUCUGCCGACAGCUGCUACAGCCGAGGGUGAAAUGGAAACCCCCUCCCUGGCAGUGCGCCCGGUUGUACCAUCACCACCACCGCCGCCGCCACCACCACCACCAGCAGCAGUAGCACCAGGCACAGCAGCAGCGGCUGAAAAAGCCGAACAUCCGCCUGAGGCUGCGUCCGCAAUGGAGGUGGACGAGGGACAGGAGGCGGCGCAGCCGCUCGCUACCGCACCACCUUUCGAACCCUCUUGCUCACCACCGGCACCGCCACCACCAGCGUUGCCUGGAGCAACAGGGGAGCCAACCGGUGCAUCACCAGCAUCAGGCAAACCAACAACAACACCAGCAGAAACGGAUGCUGCCGAAGCCCCCCCGGCAGCUGACAGCCCGCCUCCACCCAGCGGGGCUGCAGUCGCACCGAGCCCGGAGCAGCAGCAGCAGCUGCAGCAGUCGGGGCAGGGCCAUGCACCGCCACCCGGGCAGCAGGAGCGUAGAGGACCCGCACCCGGCGGCCCCGCUGAUGCCGCUGCAGCUACCUCCGCAAACGCGGCAUCCCUACCGUCCGUAGCAGCGAUCGCAGCUCCUUCUGUGUUGGACGUGCCGGGAGAGGCUCCGCCGCCGACAUCCACUGAUCCAGCUGCAGCUGUGGAAGCCGACGGAAUUGCUGCUGCUGCGCUCCUCCCAGCCGCCGCCGCCGCUGCAGACGCCAGUGCUGUAACGCCCGCAGCAGCAGCACCAGCAGCUGCCGCACAGCCUCAGCCGCACCAAGAGCAGCCGGGCCCAGGGUCGAGUGGCAGUUCAGGGUCUGGUAGCGGCGGCCGCCGCAGCCGCUGGGGCGCUGAGCUUCCUGUGGCGGCAGCGAUGCUAGCAGACAUGGCGGCUGCGGCUCAGGGGCAAGCGGUGCAAGCAGCUCAACCGGCAGCUACGGCAGCAGCGGCCGUCGCGGCUCAGGGGCAAGCGGUGCCGGCGCCGACGACGGUACAAGCAGUCCAACAGGCAGUGCCUGUAGCUGGGGCUACGGAGGGUGCACAGGCGACGGCGGAAGGCGCAGCAACGGCUGGCAUGACGUCUGCCAAGGUGGAUAGCGGCCAGGCAGCCAUGGCUGUUGAUGACGGCGGCAUCGCGGCAGGCGUUCCGACGGAGGCGCCGGUAGAGACGGAGCUGCAGCCGCAGCCGUCAAUGCAGACGCUGGCGGUGCCGGCGCCGGCAACGGUGGAGCCUGCGCCGUUGCAAGGGUUGCCUAGCCUCCAACCGUACCUUUCGCUGUCCUCGGCACCGCCUCAGCAGCCCGAGCUGCAACCGCAACCGCAGCCGCAACCCACGGCCCCGGAGAUUGGGUCACAGGCGGUGACGCAGCAGGAACAGCAACUUGCAGCGGAGCCGCCGCAGCAACCCCAGCAAGCCGAACCCAACCAGCAAGAUGCCGCGUCGCCGGCCCCUCGUUCCGCAGACAUGGGGACUGUACAGGAAGGCAGGGAUGCGGCGCCGGCGGCAGCGGGCGCGGGCGAGGCCGCUGCUGGGGCGGAAGCAGCAGCAGUAACAGCAGCGACUACGGCUGCAGACGGCACUCCGACAACUGAGGCAACAGCGGCGGUUGCGGCACCGUCAUCGUCAGCAGCAGCAGCGGCUACGGAUCGCAAGGACUCGGGCUCUGCCGGCUUGUCGGCACGCGCACGGUCUUUAUCUGUGGAGCAGCGACUGUGGCAGCUGGUCAAGCAGAGCGGGGCGGCAGCAGUAGGGAGCACGGCGGCGGGGGAGGACGAGGAAGCGACGGCCGCUAGUGCGGAGGAGGCUGCCGCAGCAGCUGGCCCGUCCCUGCCGUCCCAACCUCUGCAGGAGGCUGCGGCGGGAGCUGACCAGACGGAGGAGAAGGAGGACCUGAACAUGAGUGCCGAGGCUCUGAGGUUCACGAAGAUCGCGGCCAAGCAAGAGGCCAAACGCAAAAAGGAUAUUGAGGAGCUAUACAAGGUAUCCAUUGCCAAGGCCGUAAACAGGAUGUCGAAAGGCUUAGACGAGGUCUUCAUUGGGGAUCCACAAGAGGAGCCCGGAUACAAACAGCUCAUUACCUCCCCAAUGUGGCUGCAAGAGAUCAAGAAACGCCUGCGCAAGCACGCCUACCCGCCCAACGACUCCGGCCUGCAGCAGCUUCAGACGGACUUUGAGCUCAUCGGCCGCAACGCCAUCCGCUACAAUGCCGCACGCCUGGAGGAAAAGGCUGCGAGGCGCGCUGCUCGCGAUGCGGGGCAGACCAACAGCAGCAACGGCGGGGCCCAAGUGGAGCCUACUGCUGCUGCUGGUGGUGCUGCUGCGGAAGAGGAGGACGACGAGGUGGAUGAUGAGGUGCAUGAGAAUGUGCGGCAGUUGGGGCAAGAGUUGUUGGAGAAGACCAAGACGGAGUUUGAGGACGUUCGGCGGUUGUUGGCGGAGGAGGUGGCCAAGAUGGAUACCAUGCGUAGGUAGCAGCAGCGGAUGCAGCAGGCGCGCGGGAUAUAUUGCACCUGUAUGCAUGCCGCUGGGGGGAGCGCAUGCAUGCCGCUGGGGGGAGCGGUGUCAACAGCCGUAGCGGUGUGCAUGUACGGGACAGGGCAAUUGAGAAUGGGUUGAGAGCCGACCAGACAGCAAAGCUGGCUUGAGGUGCAUGUGGAUACCGUGAUAGAUAGUUGUUGCCUAUUUUCUGAUAAUGGCCUUGCUCAGGAAAGGGGGCGGGUAGAGUGUACAAGGUCUAGAUAGGACAGGCGUCAGGGAGACAGGGCGCGCCGGGAGGCUUUAGAGGUUGCAGCGGUCAGGGGCAGGAAAGAAGCGCGCAGAGCUUGUGUUUAGGGACGCCCAUGUUGUUACGGCAGGACAGCGUGGGUCUUGGGGUAGGGGUAGCAGCAGCUAUUAAGGGCAUGGCGCGGCUAGGGUACAGGCGGAGAGCGUUUUGCGUCGUUGCUUCGCUUGGCAUGUGGGAAUGAACAGGGCACGGGGUACGCCGUAACUGGCAGUGCGCAUGUUGUCGGCAAAGGACAUCCACAUCGCUGUGCUGCGCCCUAUACCGAGAUACAGCGAUAGCCAAGGACAGUCGGCAUCGGUUGGUAUGACCGCAUGUUGACUAUUUAACAUGCCAGACAGAGAGAUGACAUCAUAAAUACAGGUUCCAAGCCAUUUUAACGUAAC